AUGAACGGAAAUGUCAAAAGUCAUCAGGUUUGCUUAAUUUUUUCUGAAAUAAAGAAAAUGGGAAAACUAGACGCUUUAAAUAGUCUAAAUUCAAAAUAAACAUCUUCAGAUCGACGAUAAGGAAGCGCCAAAAUCCACCGCUUCAAUUUUUCGAGUUCAAGGAAAUUCCACCGUACCAUCACAACCACAGACUGUAAGAAAAUUGAGUACGGUAUUUAAAGGAUCAUACCAAUAUUGUUACAGCAAACAACUCCGCUGGUUUUCGGAGCGGCGAAAAAAGAUAGCAUUGGAAAUAAUUCAGAGGAUAUUAUGAUCGAAACGCUGACGGCGGAAAAUGCCGCUGAACAUGAGCCGAUUGUAAGUUUCUGUAGAUUUGCAUAUUAGUGUAGGUGAGAAAUUAGUGAUCUACAAAAGAUGAGGGUUAUUUUGAGUGUAAAUUUGACCUAGUGAAUAUUAAAAGUACAAGCAUAAUUAAAAUGAUAGGAAUAAAGCUUAGAUUCUGAACCUUUCAAAAAAAAAUCAAUAAUUUUGUAGCCUUGUGCUCAUAUGCUGCGGACAAAUAUUGACGAAGGUUUGAGCACGGCCGAAGCAACGCGUCGUCGACAAUAUCACGGAUAUAAUGAAUUUGAAGUCGGCGAAGAUGAGCCGAUCUAUAAAAAAUAUCUGGAACAAUUCCAAAAAUCCGCUUAUUUUGCUGUUAUUAGCCUCAGCUACUGUAUCAAUUUUCAUGAAACAAUACGACGAUGCAAUUAGUAUUACGAUAGCUGUGAUUAUUGUGGUUACUGUAGGAUUUGUACAAGAAUAUCGAUCUGAAAAGACUUUGGAGCAAUUGACGAAAUUAGUGCCACCCACAUGUCAUGUUUUGAGGGAUAAUAAGGAGCAGAAUAUGUUGGCGAGGGAAUUGGUGCCUGGUGAUGUUGUUUUGUUGAAUACAGGUGAGGAGGAAAUUUUGGUGCAAGGUCGUUUUGAUAUUAAAAAUGUGCCAAGUAAUUACUGUAGCAAAAUUCUGGAUUCAAAUCGAGCAGGGAUCGGGUACUGUAGAUUUGCAGAUUAUGGUAGUUUCGAAAUUUUAAUUUUUCAAAACUUCUAGAACCCGCAAAAAAUCAAAACGUGUUCUAUUCAAAUUACGUGAAAUUAAUUUUCCCCUGGAACAUUUAAUUUUUCGCCAUUUCUAAAUUUUCAAAAACUGCAAAAUGCCUCCUCAAAAACAGGUACUGUAGUUUUUUCCCGCUAAUAAACUCCAGAAAUCUCUCUGAUUUUGCAGGCGACCGUAUACCAAGCGAUAUUCGAAUUGUCGAAAGUUUCUCUCUCCAAAUCGACGAAAGUUCGCUGACCGGUGAAACUGAACCAAAACACAAAGAGACACGAGCAACGAAAAUUAUGGGAAAAGACGAUAUUGAACAUAUGAUUUGUAUUGGAUUUAUGGGAACUUUGGUUUGUGGUGGAAGAGGAAAAGGAAUCGUCAUAUCAACUGCUGCCAAUUCACAAUUUGGAGAGGUAAAAUUAUAUAUUUUUCAGUUAAAAAUUGAGCCAAAUUACCCUAAUCCUCUAACUAACCUAAUCUUAAUUUCAGGUUGUUAAAAUGAUGAUGGGCGAAGAGUCACCAAAAACUCCUUUGCAAAAAUCAAUGGAUGAACUCGGAAAACAACUCUCGUUCUACUCAUUUGGUGUAAUUGGUGUGAUUUUUGUGAUCGGUUUGGUUCAGGAGAGAAAUUUUGUUGAGAUGUUUACGAUUGGUGUCAGUUUGGCGGUUGCUGCGAUUCCUGAAGGAUUACCGAUUGUUGUAGCGGUGACUCUGGCUAUUGGUGGGUUACUGUGGAUUUUUCAGACGGGAAAAAAUGUUCCAAACUGGUGAAGGUUUUUGAUUGAAGUGUGAUGGAUGUUUUGAAACAUUAUCGAAUCUCGAAAAUAUAAUAGAAUUUUUUAGGAGUCAUGCGAAUGGCAAAACGUCGUGCAGUCGUCAAAAAGAUGCCAGCCGUCGAAACUCUUGGUUGUGUCACCGUAAUCUGUUCCGACAAAACCGGAACACUCACCAAAAACGAAAUGACAGCCACAAAAAUCAUCACAGCCGAAGGAAAACAGGCGAAAGCAACGGGUUUAGGAUAUUCAGUUGAUGGUGGAAUUGUGAGCACAAAUGAUGGUGAACAACACAUUACUCAGUUUAGUCAUCCGGAAUUUGCAAGAAUUAUUGAAGCUGGAUUAGUAUGUAAUAAUGCGAAUAUAAUUGAAGGAGAUAAAUUGGUUGGACAACCGACUGAAGGUGCAAUUGUUGUGUUGGCAAGAAAAGCACAACUCGAACAAUGUCGACAACAAUAUUCAAGAUUGAGAGAAAUGCCUUUUUCAUCAGAUACAAAAUGGAUGGGAGUACAAUGUGAAGAUCAGAAUCGACAACAGGUUUAUUUUAUCAAAGGUGAGUUGAGCUUUUUUUAGUCUAAAUAUGUCUAUGAUCUUUGAACAUCACAUUAUUUUUCACUGGAAACAAUCAAUUUUGAAUCUGGACAUUUUGAAGCAAUUUAUUGUCUUGAAACUCUACUUUUUUCCCAAAUAUUAAAAUAUCCUUUUUUGUUCGAAUAAGCCUUGAAUUUGUAUUAUAAAAACCCUAGACUUUGAAGUAUUUUCAAGCUUGAACUUGUAAGAUUUUGUUCGGAAAUAUUUUUUUCUAAUUUAUAUAAAAAUCUCUCAUCUUUCUGAAAUACAAUCAAAUUUUCUAUAACAAAUUACAUGUUUUUAAUCGACUCUUAUUUUUCACUCAAUUUUGUUGCAGGAGCCAUUGAUCGUGUUCUCGAACAAUGUUCGACAUAUUACGCAGGAAGUGAUAAUUCUCGCCGUCCAAUCGAUCAAUAUUCCAAACAAAAUAUCCUCGAAAAUGGUCGACAAUUAGGAUUGGAAGGUUUGCGAGUUCUUGGAGUUGCUCGAGGCGAAAAUAUGCAAUCAAUGAUGUUUUUGGGAAUGAUUGGAAUGUUGGAUCCACCAAGACCUGGAGCUGCUGAUGCUAUUGCUAUUGUAAAAGCGAGUGGAGUUGAUAUUAAAUUGAUUACUGGAGAUGCACAAGAAACGGCUCAAAGUAUUGGUGGGUGGACUUUUUGACUUGUUAAAACAUUCAAAUUCAGUUCCAUAUAAAAUUUUGAAGCCCUGAAUAAUUCUAUAAAAUAUCCUGAAAUUUCUGUAAAUUGAAAAAUAGUUGUGGAAUUCGAAACCACUAUAAAAUAAUUCAAAAUUUCAAUUUAAAAAAAAAGAAAAUUAAAAACAGAAAAAUCAUUUUGAAAAGUCCUGAAAUUUGAUCCAAAAUGGUCUAGGUACCCAUUUUUGAAGUUACUCUAACUCCCCACAGUUUUUUUGUUCAUUUUCCAGGUCAAUCUCUCGGAAUUCUCUCUCAAACCACAGAUUCUUGUUUAUCUGGCCAACAAGUCGAUCAAAUGUCCGAUCAUGAUCUCGAACUUAUAAUUCGACAAGUUACCGUAUUCUAUCGCGCAUCGCCACGUCAUAAACUCAAAAUUGUGAAAGCGCUUCAAGCGAUUGGUGAAAUUGUUGCAAUGACAGGAGAUGGUGUAAAUGAUGCGGUUGCACUGAAAAAAGCUGAUAUUGGAGUUGCGAUGGGUUUAUGUGGAACUGAUGUUUGUAAAGAAGCUGCUGAUAUGAUUUUGUGUGAUGAUGAUUUUAGUACAAUGACUGCGGCAAUUGAAGAAGGAAAAGCUAUUUAUCAUAAUAUUACCAAUUUUGUGCGCUUUCAAUUGUCGACGUGAGUUUUUAUUGCAAACGCGGGACGGGCAAAUUACAUUUUGAAAACUAUUCACAAUUACAUGUUUUUAUUCAAAAAUGCAGAAUUCUUUCCUUUUAAAAUUCAAAAAAGUCAGAUUUUUCUAUUAAAUUUUCUGAAACCCUGAUAAAAUAUUUCGAAAAUGUUAGAGAUUGAAGGAUUUUUCAAUUUUAAAGGGUUAAAUAAAUGAUUGCUUUGGCCCGAAAACCCCGUAUUGAAGCCUAGCUCCAAAAACGUUUUGACUGAAAAAUUUACGUUUCAAAAAUAUUUGAUAAUUGUUUUAUGAAUGAGAUCAGGGCUUCUUAUUUUUAUUGAAUCUCAAGCAACCGAAUUUCAAAAAAUAAAGCUAACACAGUGAAUCAAACAUUUAAAAAAUCUGAAAUUUCUAGUUAUUCACACCAGAAAAAUGCAAAAUGAAAUUGAAAAAUGGGCGGAGCCUGUUUUUCUCUCGCUUUUUCUCUCGCUCCCUCCCCUUCGAAAUUUGAUCGGUUAUUGACCAAAUUUGAGAUGAAUUUGCCUUGUUUUCUUGAUAAAUCGUAACCAAAAAUGAUUUUUUGGUAGGAAAAUUGAGAAUUUUGUGAUUUAUCGUAACUUGUCUGCCUGCUUUUGAGAAAAUCAUGAUUUUUGGGAGAAUUGGUCACAAAAAUAUUACUGUAAAUCGUUAUUUUCCAGAGAGUUUGUUGAACUAUUGGGUUUUUCUCAAGUUUGGUCAAGUUAUCUACGAGAAAAUCAAAGAGAGUUGUGAUUUUCUCAUUGUCCAGUUGACCAGGUCGUGAUUUUCGCGAAAUUAUAAAAAUUUUAAAUUUGAAUUUGAAAAAUGGAAAAUUUAACAAGGUACAAAGCAAAUAUAGAUCUUACUUUGUUGAGAGUUUGCCAUGUGGCAAGACAAAAUUCUAUUUUUCAACAUUUACCAUGUGGAUUCGCAACCUCACAAAGUGGAUACAGCAUUUUAAAAAAUCGCCCAUUUCAACAAAACCGUGUUAUCUUUAUUCUAAUAUUUCACACGUGGCAAAAAUGCUGAAAAAUAAAGUUUCAAAAUUUUUGGAUGUCAAGAAAUCAUUGGUCAUAUUCGAUCAUCAAAAUUCUGUGAUUUAUCAGGAAAUAUCAUGAUUUUCCGAGAAAUUACUGUAGAUAAUGAUUUUCUCAAUUUCCAGUUGACCAAAUUUGAACUAUCGUGAUUUUUCGAAGAAAAUUAGUGAUUGGUCAAUUUCUGAUUGGGAAAAUCACUGAAGAUUACUGUAAGUCGUGAUUUUCACAAAAAGUUCGAACUAUCAGCAAAAGUUGAACUUUUGCCACGUCAUAAUUUUUUCUUUCGAAAUUCUCAAUAGUUUCAAUAAAAAUUAGAUCUGCUUCGGAAAAUCACGAUUUCUCUGAUGAAUUACCGUAAAUCGUGAUUUUCUUGAGAUUUCUUAACCAAAUUUGAACUAUCACGUUUUCUCAGAAUUGGUCAUUUUUUAUUGAAAAAAUCACUGUAGACAAUAGUUUUCUCUCCAAAAAUCGGGAAAAUAUCAGAAUUUAUCAUGAUUUUCUCGAAAUAUUAUGAUCUACGGUAGUUUUCUCAUUUAUGUUUGGUGAUUUUUGCGAGGAGAAUCAAGAAUUUAUCAAAAUGAAGAUAAACCAUUAUUUUUUUUUAUAUACAGUACACCUAUUAUUUUUUAUGCUUGAGUAUUAAUAUUUUAGAAAUGAAACUCGCACAAAUGGUAAUUUCAGGUUACGUAAUUGUUUUACGAAUCUUCGAACGAAAAUUUAAACACAAUGAUUAUUCAAAUUUCCCCUAAUUGUUUCAGAAGUGUCGCCGCUCUUUCGCUCAUCGCUGCUUCCACAAUUUUCCGUUUCGAAAAUCCACUCAACGCCAUGCAAAUUCUAUGGAUCAAUAUUAUAAUGGACGGACCACCGGCUCAAUCUUUAGGUGUCGAACCAGUUGAUGAUGAUAUCAUUCGACAAAAACCACGAGAUACAAAACAACCAAUGUUGACACGGAAAUUGAUUUUGGAUAUUUUGGCGUCGGCUGCCAUUAUUGUUGUUGGAACUUUGAGCGUUUUUUAUAAAGAGGUUUGGACUUUAUUUUUGUUUUGUUAUAUUACAAAGAAAAUAUGAAUUUUUCUGGAAAUUUGUAAAAAUGACUUUUGGAAUAGUUUUAGAAGAAAUGGGUGGAGUAGCCUGACUGACAACUUUUGAAAAUGGGGCGGAGUCCAGUGAUUCGCUUUCUGUAAAAAUUCCCAGAAUAGCAUAAAGUGACAAUGUGUGCUUAAAUAUAUAUCUUGAAAAAUUCUGGAACUUUUAUUGUCACAAAAUGUCUCUGAAAAACUAUGUCAGGAUUGUAAGAACAGAAAAUGGGUUAUAUUUUUUGCAACAAAUUUAAUAUGUAAAUGAAAAUUAAUUGUUCCCUUCGAAAAACCCUGCGAAACUCCUAAUUUUCCAGAUGUCAGCUGACAACAAAGUAACACCCCGUGACACAACAAUGACAUUUACAUGUUUUGUUUUGUUUGAUAUGUGGAAUGCAUUAAGUUGUCGAAGUUCGCGUAAAAUGAUAUGGCAAAUUGGAAUUCGUCGAAAUGGAAUGUUUUCGAUGGCAGUGUCAGCAUCAUUAAUUUGUCAAUUAUUAGUUAUUUAUUGGAGCCCUCUACAACACAUUUUUCAGACAGAGGCAUUAUCGUUUUUUGGUUAGUUUUUCAACCAAUCAAUUCUCAAGAACUCCACCAAUUUCUCGUUUCAGAUCUCAUCUUUCUAACAACCAUCACAUCAAGCGUUUUCAUUUUCAACGAAACGCGCAAAUAUUUUUCGCUUCACUCAAAAUCGAGUGUUUUAGAAAUCUGA